AUGUUCACCGUCUUCGGCAAUCAUACCGACCUCGUGUCAUGGACUGCAGAGCCACAUCGAAGAGGAUCCUUCCAGAUCAUGUCCUCUUGUAUCAUUACCAUCUCUCUCUGCGUCUGGACAGCGCUCCACCUCAAUAUCCUUCACUAUUCUGAUGCGAACCGCCGCUGGUACACCAAAAGACUCAUGUGGCGCAAACUAGGCUGGCUUUGCUUGGGACUGUUGGCACCAGAGAUGAUCGCUUAUACAGCGUGGGAUCAGUAUCGCAGAUCAAGGAGACACGUGAACAAAAUGAGUACACAAGACGCGACGCGAGACUGGGGCAUGGUGCAAGCCUUCUACGUCGUGAUGGGAGGGUUCGUUGUAGAUCUGGACAACAAGGCUUCACUGUACCCUAAACACUCUGGACGAGAAAGGUUGACAUUGACACCUAUCGGUGUCGAUUACAUCGCAAAAUACCAUCCCCUCCUUCUUCCACAGGUCAACGAAGAAGGAAUAAGAGACAAAAGCAAGGCCAACGCUUUGGCAAAGUUCCUGGUCUGUGUCCAGGCAGGAUGGUUCAUCUUUCAGUGCAUAACACGUAUGGCAUUGUCACUUCCGAUCACACUAUUAGAGGCAAGAAGCAAGCAUUAA